AUGGCUCUAUUGAGGUCCUACCACUCCCAGCGCUUCUGCAAUGCAGCCCUCGGCGCCUGCGGCAGAAGCGCCGCCGCCGCCGCCGCCGUGCCGGCGCGUCGAUCCUUCUCGACGUCCACCGUAGUCGCGAGACAAGAACAGCGACAAUCCAAGAAAGAGGCGGAACCAAUCUUUCCAAAGAACAUUCAGGUACCGACUGAUGUUGCCGUCGUCGGUGGCGGCAUCGCGGGCCUGACGACUGCGCACUACCUGGCGAAACUGCUCCCCGAGACGUCCAACAUCACCAUAUACGAGGCAGGGGAUCGGCUGGGCGGUUGGAUCAAUACACAGGAGCUUGAGGUUGAGGUCAAUGGCAAGAAGAGCAAUGUGCGCUUCGAGCGGGGGCCGAGGACGCUGCGUGGUAUGGGCAAGGAUACAUGGAAGUUUGACGACCUCGUGCUCUUCGACCUCAUCAGAGACCUUCAAAUGCAAGGUGAAUACCUAGGCAUCAAGUCCCCGCCCCGGUACGUCUACUACCCGGACCACCUCGUUGAGAUGCACCCGCGCAACGUCUUCCGCGAAGCCGCCUUCAAGGGCAUCAUCCCGGGCUUCCUGAACCUCAUGUGGCGCCGCAAAAAGGCCCGCGAGGAGGUUAAGCCGAUCGACAUGUCCGUCGCCGACUUCAUAGCCACCUACACCGGCCGCCCCGAGCUGGUGGAUAAUCUGGCGUCGGCCAUGAUCCACGGCAUCUGGGGCGGCGACGCCGACAAGUUGAGCAUGCGCAGCUUCAUGCCUGGGCCUUGGCACCGCUUCUUCGAUAAGCCGUUCCCGGAGGACAACUGUCUGUCGUUCCCGCGGAGCGAGGUUGGGGUGUUGGCGACGUUGGGCGCAGACGAGGGGCUCCGGAGCUACUUGAAGAUGGCGCAAAAGGACCAGCUCGUCUUCUUUGAGAAGGGCAUGAGCAGUCUGCCGGAUACCAUUGCGGAACACUUGAGGAGGAGGAAGAAUGUUACCUUUAAGAUGGGCGAACCCGUCACUGGUCUGGAGUACGAUCGCAAAGGCAAAAAGGUCAUGCUCUCCUCACCAAACUCGACAUCCCCGACAGCAUACGACAAGGUAAUCUCCACCACCACCAGCAAAGCCCUUCAUGCCGCGACAGGAGACGUCAUUCCAUCCCUCGCAAACUCCCCCAACGUCUCCAUCAUGGCCGUGAACCUCUGGUACCCGCAGCCGAACCUCAACGCCUCCCACCCAGGCGUCGGCUACCUCGUCCCCCGCGCAACAGAGUCCAACCUCGAAGGCCUCCUCGGCGUCUUCUUCGACUCGGACGUCGUGCCGCGCGCCCCCGACGAGCCCGAAGGCACCAAGUUCUUCGUCCUCAUGGGCGGCCACUACUUUGACGGCCUCCCCGAGGGCGCGCUCCCCACCGAAGCCGAAGGCAUCGAGAUGGCCAAAGCCGUCCUCGAACGCCACCUCGGCAUCCCGCAAUCCACACCGGCCUUCGCAAUGGCGAGCCUCGCAAAGGACUGCAUCCCGCAGCACCACGUCGGCCACAGCCAGCGCAUGGCGCACGCGAGCUACGAGCUGCGCGACGCCUUUAAAGGCCAGCUCGCCGUCGCUGGCGGCUCGUAUACCGGCAUCGGCGUCAUGGGCGCCCUGCGCGCGGGCUACGACGUCGCCGUGCACAUUGCGCAGUCUGCGCAGGCUCACGUCGGCGAUACGGGCCUCGAGCAGUUUGAGGGGGGGCCAAGUUUGAGAAGUUUGCGAGGACUCGUAGUUCUAUCAAAGCCAUUGGGCGUGAUAUCGACGCGGAGAUUGGGUGGAGGAAUUACAUUCGAUGAAGGAAAGAAGACACGGGCUGCAAAGUUGCUGUAA